AUGGCAGCUAUGAAAGAAACGGCAUGUGAGGAAAUAGACAGAUAUGCUGCUGACCUUAACGAAAUCAGUCAGGCUAUAUGGAAAACUCCUGAACUAUAUUAUGAGGAGGUAAGUGCUCAUCAAGUACUGACAGAUUUUCUUGAGAAGCAUGGAUUUGAGGUUGAGAGGAAGUACAAGCUUGAUACAGCCUUCAGGGCAGUGUUUGGUAAAGAUGGAACAGGUCCUCACGUGACCAUACUGUGUGAAUAUGAUGCCCUGCCGGAGAUCGGACACGCCUGUGGCCACAACCUGAUAGCUGAAUUGGGCGUAGCAGCGGGUCUUGGUGUGAAGGCGGCGCUACAGGCAACGGGGACGGGAGGAAAGUUAACUGUACUGAGUACUCAAGCGGAAGAGAAGGGUGGUGGUAAAAUUGAUCUCAUCAACGCUAACGUCUUCAAGGAUGUCGAUGCUGCGAUGAUGGCGCAUCCAGCGCCAUGUGUAACCGCAUUUCCUGUCUUCCUGUCCGCAGUAAAGUAA